GAUAACAAGAACACCGACCGGGAAAAGCGGCCAACAUCCAGUUUUUAAAGUCACAAAAGUCGCGUAUUUUCUCUAUCACUUACCGGAUUUACGGGCUAAAACUUAACCCAAACCGAACGAAUUUCAAAUAAAUGGUUGUUCGCUUUACAGCCAGGAGUUGAUUGUACAGUUUUUUUAAUUAUCCUUUUUUUUCUCCCGACGUUUCCUUUUGGAUCAUUACAGCGAGCUGCUUUUCUUCCUCUGGACGGAUCCAGUGAGUGAUGUGGCUCAGGAGCGUCUAACAAAACUCCAGGGUUGGCUCGAAACAUUUCGAGUUUUUUCUUUUUAAAUUUCUUUUUGGGGUAACUUUAGGAUUUUGGUGCCUUAAGCGCCACUUUUACGCGUCGCCGAGUGGAAGAGAAAGCGUUUUAAACAGGCCCAGAGCCGGUGCUGGCGAGUCUGAGCGAGCUGGCUAAGCUCGGAGCUAACACGGUGCUAAUUUAGCUUUGUGAGAAGAUUGUGGUCAUUUUUAUUAUUAUUAUUAUUAUUAUUAUUUUGUUUUUUUAAGAAAACCAUAUUUAUAUUGAUCACAAUGAUUUUAGAGCACAUAUAAUAAUAAUAGCGUGUCUGUUUAUUUUGUCUAAUUUAUUCGAUAGUUAAAAAAAAAAUCUAGUUAGUUAUGCACUCUUCCUAAAGCUGUUAGGAACGGCAGCUAACUAGUUUAGCAUUUGGAAAAGAAUGUCACUCUGGAGUGAUUGAGGCCGUUUCCCUGUUUCUGUGGAUACAUUUUUAAUAUCAUUUCCAUGGAUUCGGUGUGUUUUUGGAUGGUUUGGAGGACAAGCUGCAACUGAAACUGUUACAAACUCAAACUGCUGACAUUAAGGUCUGAUCUGAGAUCAUCUUCCGAGCCCUGGCUGAAAAACCCACAUCAGUGCUGCAAAGAUGAUGUGCGAGGUGAUGCCCACCAUCAGCGAGGCAGAGGUGGGAAGCAAUGGAGGAGGCCGUGGCUCCGGCUCUCCUCUCCAUUCGGAUUCCGAGGGACAUUUCGAGUCUCUGAUGGUGUCCAUGCUGGAGGAGAGGGACCGGCUCCUGGACACGUUGAGGGAGACGCAGGAGAACUUGGGACUAACGCAGGGCAAGCUGCAGGAGGUCAGCCACGAACGAGACGCCCUGCAGAGGCAGCUCAACUCUGCCUUGCCUCAGGAGUUUGCAGCGCUGACUAAGGAGGUGAAUAUGUGCCGGGAGCAGCUGCUAGAGAGAGAAGAAGAAAUCGCCGAGCUAAAAGCUGAGAGAAAUAACACACGGCUGCUCCUGGAGCAUUUGGAGUGUUUGGUGUCUCGUCACGAGCGCUCCCUCAGGAUGACGGUGGUCAAGCGUCAGGCCCAGAGUCCAGCGGGAGUCUCCAGUGAAGUGGAAGUUCUCAAAGCCUUAAAAUCCUUGUUUGAGCACCAUAAAGCUCUGGAUGAGAAGGUGAGGGAGAGGUUACGUGUUGCUCUGGAAAGGUGCAGCGCAUUGGAGGAGCAAUUAACAGCUGCUCAUAAAGAGAAUGCAUUUUUGCGAGAUCAGAACAAUCAGAAGAAAUUGCUCAUCGAUGGCACAGCAGAACUUAACCACAACUCUGAAAGCACACCUAGCACCAACGGCAAGAGAUCAUCAGAUGGAUCUUUGGGUCCUGACGAGGAGAUGGGGAUGGUGUCCGAGCUGCAGGAGGUGAUAGACAGACAAAGCAAGGAGCUGCUGCAGAUGAAGGAGCGUGUCGUUUCCCUGAGCAGCAAAGUGAACGAGCUCGAGGAGGAUCUGGACACGGCCCGCAAAGACCUCAUCAAAUCAGAGGACAUGAACACUCGGCUUCAAAGAGACAUUAGAGAGUCUCUCGCUCAGAAGGAUGACAUGGAGGAGAGGAUAACAACGCUAGAGAAGCGUUACCUGGCGGCUCAGAGAGAAGCUACGUCUGUUCACGACCUGAACGACAAACUCGAGAACGAGCUCGCCAAUAAGGAUUCUCUCUUCCGCCAGACGGAGGAUAAAAACAGGCAGCUGCAGGAGCGGCUGGAACUUGCCGAGCAGAAACUCCAGCAGACCAUCCGCAAAGCCGAGACGCUUCCCGAGGUGGAGGCGGAGCUCGCUCAAAGAGUCGCCGCCCUCAACAAGGCCGAGGAAAGGCAUGGCAACGUGGAGGAGCGCCUGCGACAGAUGGAGGCUCAGCUGGAGGAGAAAAACCAGGAACUGCUCAGGGCUCGUCAGCGCGAGAAGAUGAACGAAGAGCACAACAAGCGGUUGUCCGAGACGGUGGAUAAACUUCUCUCCGAGUCGAACGAGAGGCUUCAGCUGCAUCUGAAGGAGAGAAUGGCUGCACUGGAGGACAAGAACGCCCUCAUCCGUGAGCUGGAGCACACAAAGAAGCUGAUUGAAGAGUCUCACCAUGAAAAGGAGCAGCUCAUAAUCCAGAUUGAGACGAUGCGGACGGAGAGCGAUCAGGAUCGCAGCAGGAGUAACUCCUCGCUCCACCAGGGGCGCUCUCACAUGGGCAGCACACCAGACUUCAGGUAUCCAGUCUCGGCAUCCUCCAUGAUUGACAGCCACUCUGAUCAGUACAGCAGCUCGCUGGUGCUGAGACGGCCCCAGAAGGGGCGCGCAGCCGCUCUACGAGACGAGCCCUCCAAGGUGCAAACUCUGAACGAACAGGAAUGGGAGCGCGUGCAACAGGCCAACGUUUUGGCCAAAGUGGCAUACGCGUUCGAGAGUGACAUGGACGUGUCUGAUUUGGAGGAUGACCGUGAGACGAUUUUCAGUUCAGUGGACCUGCUGUCCCCUGCUGGCCAGACAGAUGCACAAACACUCGCUCUAAUGCUGCAAGAACAGCUCGACGCCAUCAACAAUGAGAUCAGAAUGAUUCAGGAGGAGAAGGAGAACACAGCGCUGCGAGCUGAAGAGAUCGAGUCCAGAGUCGGUAGCGGCGAAAGUCUCGGCUCCCGAUUCCGCUCCAUGAGCUCCAUACCGCCCUCGUACGGUUCCCCCCGGCCCGGCUCAGCACAUUCUGGCUCGUCCCCUCCAGGUUCGGGUCACUCCACUCCUCGGCGAGGUCCAAACAGAGAAAUCGACCGCAUGGGGGUCAUGACCCUGCCUAGUGAUUUGCGGAAGCAUCGUAGGAAGCCCGCCCAGGAUGACAAAGCAUCUAUCAGAUGUGAGACAUCGCCUCCAUCUACUCCUCGCUCAGCGAGGCUCAAUAAAGGAGGGCAUGCUGCCAGUCACGAGGACAUCCGAGACAUCCGAAGUUUUUCCGCACUGCAAGACGGUCAGGGCAGUAACCCCAGCAGCAGUAACAGCAGUCAGGACUCUCUCAAUAAAACGGCCAAGAAGAAAAGCAUCAAGUCUUCCAUCGGCCGCUUCUUCGGCAAAAAGGAGAAAGGAAGGCCGAGCCUUCCAGGGAAAGACUCUUCCAGCCAAGGAGCUACUUCAGAGGGAGAAACUUCCCAGGAUUCAGUGGGGCUAGGCAAACUCGGAGGUGAAAAGAACAGGAAGCUGCAGAAGAAGCAUGAAUUGCUGGAAGAUGCUCGUAGGCAGGGGCUUCCUUUCGCCCAGUGGGACGGACCUACUGUAGUCGUCUGGCUGGAGUUGUGGGUGGGAAUGCCGGCAUGGUAUGUGGCAGCCUGUCGUGCCAACGUGAAAAGCGGAGCCAUCAUGUCCGCCUUAUCAGACACCGAGAUCCAGAGAGAGAUCGGCAUCAGUAACCCACUGCACCGCCUCAAGCUACGCCUCGCCAUUCAGGAAAUCAUGUCGUUAACUAGCCCUUCGGCUCCGCCCACUUCCAGAACGUCCACGGGGAAUGUGUGGGUUACGCAUGAGGAGAUGGAGACCCUGGCCGCUACACCACCCACGGAGGAUGACGAGGGCAGCUGGGCCCAGACUCUGGUUUAUGGAGACAUGAACCACGAGUGGAUCGGGAAUGAGUGGUUGCCCAGUCUGGGUUUGCCUCAAUACCGCAGUUACUUCAUGGAGUCUCUAGUGGACGCACGAAUGCUAGACCAUCUCACCAAGAAGGACCUGCGUGGCCAGCUAAAGAUGGUGGACAGUUUUCACAGAAACAGUUUCCAGUGCGGUGUGAUGUGUUUGAGGAGGCUAAAUUAUGAUCGGAAAGAGCUGGAGAAAAGACGAGAGGAAUCCCAGGUGGAGAAUAAAGAUGUUCUUGUGUGGAGUAACGAACGUUUGAUUAAAUGGGUGCAGUCCAUUGGGUUAAAGGAAUACGCACACAACCUCCUGGAGAGUGGUGUGCAUGGAGCAUUAGUUGCCCUCGAUGAAACAUUCGAUCAAAACACGCUCGCCUUGCUGCUGCAGAUCCCUACUCAGAACACACAGGCGAGAUCAGUUCUGGAGAGAGAGUACAAUAACCUGCUUUCUAUCGGAACAGAGCGGAAACUAGAGGAGGAUGAUGAUAAGAAUUUCAGACGAGCUCCUUCUUGGAGGAAGAAGUUUCGGCCCAAAGACGUCCGUGGCUACAGCUCCGAUACUCUACCCGCUAACUUUAGAGUGACCAACAGCACAUCCACUUCACCUGCCAUGCAGCCAAAGAAACACCAGCUGGACGGGAGUGUGAGUGGCGUUCAGAGGCUCGACACUGCUACAAUCCGAACAUAUUCCUGCUAACCCAAAGCCAGGUUUAUGCUCAUUAUCUCUAUAGGUGAAGUCUCUGAAGACGAGGCGCCCCCUCCAGGCUGGGAGUGUAAUGCACAAGGACUCUGAGAUUUCGGAGGGUUUAUCACGACGUCUGUGCCGUAGAGGACGUGUUUUAGAUUUAUGGAUUAUUCUAUUUAUGGGACAUUUCAUUCAUUUAGUUAUGUUUAUGUAUCAUUUGCCUUUCUUCUAUUCUUUUUUUUUCAUAUCAUGUCUAACUCUUUCAGGUGUAACUGAAUGUAUUACAGAUUUUUUUUCUCAAGUUUGUACAUUUCUAUCUAAUCUAAUCUUAAUUAAUUUUUUUUUAAAUAACUCAUCUCCUUAAUUGUCCAUUUCGUUGGUUUGUGAUGACAGAAACUGAGCUGAUUUAAAUUUUGUGACUGAUGUGAUAAUUUCAUCCCCUUCUGUUCUUUAAAUCCAUUAGGCUGUUGAUUUUAUAAUGAUGUAUUAUGUGAAUAUCAGAAUUGGUGCAUAUCCUCGAGCAUUUGUUCCACAGACUAUAUGGAACUUAUUAUUAUUAUUAUUAUUAUUAUUAUCAUCCCCUCUGUGUCUCUUUCCUCUCUCUUGUGUGAUACCAAAACAUGUGAUAAGCCAUAAACAGUAGCAAUGACGAGGGCUACUUUCGGAUGCAUUUUUCAGCAGUCGCCUUUUCCACAUGCUGAAUCUCUCCAUUCCUUUUCUCCUGCACAUGAGACACGCAUGAAGGACGUGUGUAUAGGUGUGUGUAUAUGUGUGUGUGCGUGUGAGCGCUGCUUCUCCGCUGGACCAACCGCACUGUGGCCUACCCUCUAAUUGCAGUGUCCGAAAAUGGCGCGAUUUGACCCCAAACUCUACAUCUGACUAAGCCUUACUUCUUCCCUCUGAUUUUAUUUAUUCUGCUUCUCCUUGGCCUUUUAACCUUCUUAUGAGUCAUAUCAAAUGUAAAGGCUGGACUGUAUUAUAGAUUUAAGAAGUCAACAUUUUUUACCCAAAGUUACCCUACCUUUUUUGUCUUUUUGAUGGUUUUAAGUCUCAAACGCAAUUCCAAUCAUGUGUUCUUCUCUUCGUUGUUAAAAAAGAUCUCUCAUCUUGUAACAGAAAUGCUGUACAGUCUAAGUACUUAUGAACUAUUUUUUAUCACAGUAUUAUUUAUUGCUUCCUUUCAAUAAAAAAUACUGAUCCCUAUUUUCCACUGCCAAUAAAAAGACUAAGUCUUUGCUUUAAAAA